UGAUGUAGAGAUGGGAAUACGCUCGCUUCCCUCGGCUGAGCUCGGGAGUUUCUUCACUAUGUAUGAGAG